CUGCUGAUAUUUUAAAGCUUUUCUUCGAUCCAGUUUCGAGGAAAUAUUGUUUGUGUAAGGGUGCCAGAUAAAACGAACGAAGAAGAGUGUGUGAAGUGUGUAACCAAUCCUUUCGCCAUGAAACCUCACCAUGGAUGUUUUUUGAAGGAAAUGUUUCCUUUUGUAGUAGUUUUUCUCUGUCUUCUUGAAAGUAUAGCCUCUGAAAACCUCAUACAGACAAUCACUGAUUCAAUUGGUGCUGAAAACUACACAUACUACAGAGUAACAGGGGUUGGACGACUAAGACUUGAACUUGUUUCAAUCAAAGGUGAUGUGGACUUGUAUGUGUCUCAUGCCACACUAACACCAACAUUCUAUGAAUAUGAACUCAAAAGUACAACAUGUGGUAUAGACAUUAUUGAAAUUCCUGCCCAUUUAGAGAGACCUAUUGGAGUGGCAGUGUAUGGAUAUCCAGUGAAGGCCAAUGAAUCUGUGUACAGUCUUUCAGUUUAUUUCGUAGACAAAUAUGAUGAUGUAGAUUAUGCAAUUCUCGAUUCAAAAUAUCAUUUGGCAGAUACAGAUGGUGCAAGUGAUUCCAGACCAGGACAAGGAGAUCCAAAGAGUCAGCAAAGCUAUCAACAAGCAGAAGAGGGGGAAACAAUAUCGGAUCAUGUUUGGACAAUUCUCCUGACUAUUUUAAAAGUUGUGUUUGAAGUUUUAUUGUGAAAAUGUAUUAUAUGAUGCAAAGAUCAGCACCUUCCAACUUCAUGUCUAGUAAAUGAAUGAUUCCUCAGGUUAUGAAAUAAAACUUGAUAUAAGUUAUGUGUUAUCCAGACCAAACCCCAAAGCACAUAUUUUUUUUAUGGAAUUUUUGUAAUUUUAGUAUUUAAAAAACCCAGAUUUGGUUGGGAGUAGCUUAGAUUUCAUCAUUUGUAAGUUUUGAAAUGUGUAAAGAGAUCCCUCGUCAUCUGUUGCUUUUUGAAUGUAACCCAAGUGAUCUCUUGAUACACAUGGAAUUGGCACAAAUUACUUGUAUGAUAUAUUAUGGAAUGUGAGUUGAGAAUACAGACAAUCUCUUAUAACGGAUGUCUCUUGAUACAAGUUUAAUUCAAUAUGUGUAAGACUGAAAUCUGAAAGAUAUUGUCCUCUUUUAAAUUUGAGAGAUAUACAUGUAUGUAAUAUGUCAAAGAUGAAAAACGUGUGUGCUAUCAUUGGGCUGCCAAAUACAAUACUAAUCCUGAGUGAUUAUAUAAACACAAAAAAAUUCAUGUUGUUGCUAAUUAAGUAACUACUAGAGAGUAGUUUUGUGUUAAUGUAUUCCUGUGCCUUAACCAUUGAUAUUAUACUCAAUGUUUGUAACUUUACAUGAUGGCAGUUGUAAACACUGUAGAUUAACUUUUCCUGGAAUAUAAAUGAAAUCAGUUUAAACAUAGCUUUGGCAAGGUAGACACCCAUUACAACCCUGUAAUAAUGAAUUAUUUAUUAAUUAUAGCACAACUUCAUUUAGUAUAGCAUGAGUUUUAUACAUUAAAUCUUACAUUAAAUCUGAAUACUGUAAUUUUUUUCAACUAAAUUUUAGUUCUAAUGGUCUAUGAAACAAAUUAACUUCACUCCACAUUAAAUUUUUUCACACAUACUAGCUUAUGAUUGUUGGUGAGCUAUUUUACCUUGUUGAACUUGCCCUCAUGUUAAAGAAAAUAUACUGUAACACAUGGUUGAAAAUUUAGUUUCAUACAGUAUAGUACAAGUAUAGCACUUGAUAAGUCCCAUAAUAGUGUUACGUAGGUAUAUUGAAUUACAUGUACCAGUGUAGGUUAGGCCUGCAGCCUUCAUGUUUUUUCUUUAAGUUAGGUAUGUUUAAAGUUGCUUUAUAUAUGUAUACAUACAUGUACUUUGAAAAAACAGUACCUUAUUUAUAUUGACACAAGAUCUUUUAAAGAGGUCAGUGUCAUAUUAUUUUCUUAGCCACAAGACAUCAUUGUAAAGAUCGUGAUUAAUCCUUUAUCCUUAGUAUUCCCGUAGUUUAGCAGGCUUUCAGAGUUUAGACACUGUCUAUUUUUAUAAUGGUCUGAUCAUACACAUACCAGAGAUAUUAACGGUCAUUAUGGAUGUCUAUUGAUCCUUUUUAUUUAAUCCUGCUCUGUGGUUAAAUGUUACAUAGUUCAAAUAUAUCUCCUGCAAUAGAAAUAAAAUGGAUUUUGUAUCUAUAAAGUAUAGGAUAUCAGUUUGAUAAUAUUUGCCCUCCAUUUGAGUUGUAUACAUCUGAUUUAAUGUCAUUAUAUAUAUGUAUGUACAAUAUGUAACUAAAUACAACACUGAUAAAUAAAUAAAUAUAUACUAAAUAAAUAUAUAAAUAUAUGAAUAAAAAUACUGAUAUGUCCCCAGGAAUGUUGAAUGCCAGUGUAAAUUGAAAUAAGAAAAAAAGAGAGAAAAGAAAUACAUGGAUGUACGUGUAAUUCCAUUGCAUGAUCAGGUAUGGACUGAAUUUUAGUGCACAGGUAGUUUAUGAUUAUUGUUAAAUUCAAACUCAUCAAUCUUUAUAUCCAGCUCUGCGUAACAGGUAGUUUAUGAUUAUUGUUAAAUUCAAACUCAUCAAUCUUUAUAUCCAGCUCUGCGUAACAGGUAGUUUAUGAUUAUUGUUAUACAUUGGAGGGUAUAUCUGAGUGAAUACAUACUUUGUGUCAUGAUAAAUAAUUACAUCUCUAAGUACAUAAAAGGUGCAUUUUUUGUCUGGGAACUUGAUAAGCAAACAGUUUUCAGUUGUACAUGUGGUUGAGACAGAGUUUUUAUAACUUUGAUAUACAUGGUACAUUAUGCACUCUUUACAUAACUGUGCGUGGAAAGAAUUAUACGGUAUUAUGUUUGUGGUAAUGACAGUUUCAGUAAGGUGUUCACUUCUAUAAGUACUUUACUAGAUUAUGGGCUGCACCCAUUCAUCUUUUCACUUUUUCGUUUAAAUUCAGUUAUGUUCUAAAAUUUGAGUGCAUUAAAUUAAAGUUGAUCAACUUUCGUUGUAACAUUGCUUAUGUUAUUACCAUACAAUUAAAAUGAAGAAUAAAUUGUAUAGUUUUGUAAACUA